CUCCGUGUGGGCCUUAUAGGUCUGUCUGACUUGGACUUUGCCUUCACAUCAAGUUCUCAAGCUCGAGAUCAUUCCCGACUUGCAUGGGUCUGACCCAGUCCACUUCGUCCAGGAAUUCUCUGCGCUUUGUCUCCUCAGUUUCUUUUCCUCCGUUCUCUAUGCUUUGAUCAAUUUCUCCCUCUGCAAUACCAGACGCAAAAUGUACGCAGCUAAACACUAAGAAAUGAAGCUUUUCAUCGAACAAUGCAAAUCCAAUCCCUCCAUUCUUAGUGAUCCUUCCUCUCCUUCUUCCGCGACUACAUCAAGAGUCUUGGUGCUAAGCUCUCUCCCUUUUCUUACAAUCACGCAGGCUCCAAAUCGCUAUUGCGCGGAUGAGGACAUUGAGGAUAAGGAUGGACCACAAAGAGAGCCCAAAGAGGAAGAAAAGGUGCAGGACGAGCUAAUCGAAUCGAGCAUUGAGAUUGAGGGCGAGACUGUUGAGCCUCAUAAUGAUCCUCCUCAGAUGAUGGGUGACCCAAAGCCAUGGAGGCCAUCUCUGAAGGAAUUAGAAUGAAUGUGUGGGUAGAUGCUUAUUUAUAAUGUUAGUGUUAUAUGGUUUGAUUUUCUGCUCUAUAAGGAUAUGAUUGUAGAAUCUGUUGUUUCCUUGCAUUGCACGUAAAUUGGAGGAAGCCAUUGUCCACUUAUUAGAGGCUAUUUCCAUCGAUACAACUUCAGCAACCGUGUAUGCAACCAGAGAUAAUGAAUUGUAACAUGCUGGACUAAGAGGAUGUUGUUGCCUAUCGACAAAGAACCAAUAACAAUGAUGGAGGAACCUCCUGUGGAUGCUGGUGUGAACUCAAAUUAACUUUGGUGAUGUUGAUAAUGGUAACGACUUAUCCUAGAAAUAUGGACUAUUCAAAUGUUUUUUGAGUUAAGACUGCAUUAUUAGUUCUCCAAUUUUAGUUACUGAGAGCCCAUUUUUGACAAGGUUCAUGCCCUGUUUUGUGUUGUCUUGUUUAUUGGUAUUUGUGUUUGUAUGGAACUUGUCCAAACCAUUGAGAUCAUAGAGAUAAUUGGGAAUUUUUAGUUGUUUAUAAA